AUGGCUGUGCAAUCGGACUCUGGAGGGAAAGACGACGUGAAAACCCAGUUUGUGACUAGAGAAGGCACUUACCGCUUGAUGACUUUGUCGGAGUACUCGAGGCCUAAUCGCGUGGGUUACACGAGUGGCUCAGGUUCUUCGCAUGUACGAGUGUCGCUGGUCAGCCUACCGCCAGGGCCUGGGGGCGGAGCACCCGGUUCUGACGGUCAAGGUUCCGAUGAUAGAAUAUGUUUCAACCAUGGAAAAGAACUCUAUGUUUACGUGUAUAGAGGUGUUAAAAAGGGGGGCAGUGUGUCGUUAGUUAUAGGAUUUUCUACUGGCCAAAUACAACUCAUAGACCCUAUUAAGAAGGAAUUAAGUAAAUUAUACAAUGAAGAGAGACUGAUCGAUAAAACCCGAGUGACCUGCAUCAAAUGGGUGCCAGGAUCGAGCAACCUAUUUAUUACGGCGCACGCGUCCGGGCAACUCUACGUGUACAACGAAGAAUUGACUUGUGGGACCACGGCCCCUCACUACCAACUCUUUAAGCAAGGAGACGGUUAUUCAAUACAUACGUGUCGAACUAAGUCCACCAGGAACCCACUAUACAGGUGGAUAAUAGGAGCCGAAGGCAGCUGCAUAAACGAGUUUGCCUUCUCACCGUGCGGAACUAAUCUAGCGGUCGUCUCCCAGGAUGGCUUCCUAAGAGUAUUUCAUUACGAUACGAUGGAACUCAUCGGUCGAGCUCGAUCGUAUUUCGGUGGGUUUCUGUGCGUGUGCUGGUCUCCGGACGGAAAAUACGUGGUCGUCGGCGGGGAGGACGAUUUAGUGACGGUUUGGUCUUUCAGUGAAAGAAGAGUGGUAGCCAGAGGACAAGGCCACAGGUCGUGGGUGUCCGUCGUCGCCUUCGAUCCCUACGUCGUGAGUUUCAGCGAGCCGGAGAGCGAGGAGGGGGUCGAAGACGACAGACGGAAAAGUGAGAGCGUGCAGUGUUAUAGGUUAGGCAGCGUAUCUCAGGACACACAGUUGUGCCUGUGGGACCUCACCGAGGACGUGCUGAGGCCCCCGGUCCGGGCGAGGGCGUCGGCGCAUCUCUCGCCCAACAGUCAGACGUUUUCACCGAACGGGGUGCCCGGGAUGAAGGUUCCGGCGAAGGGCGCCAAAACGAACAAAAUAGGCCACAAACACGCCGAGCUGAGCGGGAACGCGAACGCGGCCGGCGAACCGUCCGGGGCGAAGCCGGCGAAGACGAAGACGAACAACGCGUCGACGCUGAACAUAAGCGUCGGGAAGGCGAAGGAGGAGAGCUCCGGCUCGCUCGGAGUGAACUCGCUGACGCAGCGGCUGGCCGGCUUCUCGUUCGGCGAGCGGCGGUCGGAGCACCGGCGCAACUUCAGCCUCACGUCGCGGCCGGGCGAGCUCAAGGCGGCGGCGGGCGGCGCGGCGCUGCGCGGGCGCUCGGCGGGCGCGGGGCCGGGCGCCGACGCCGCCGACCCGCUGCGGCUCAUCGGCACGGCGUCGUGCCCGCGCUUCGACGAGUGCCCGGUGCUGGAGCCGCUCGUGUGCAAGAAGGUGGCGCACGAGCGGCUCACGGCGCUGCACUUCCGCGCCGAGUACUUCGUCACGGCCUGCGCCGACGGCGCCGUCAACACGUGGGCGCGCCCCCCCCGCCCGCCCGACGAGCGCCGCGCCGACUGCCUCGACCUGGUGGACUAG